CCUAUAGAAGUAGAUACUUGAAUAGUAACCAUUAGAUUAUAUAAUUCAAGAUAUUGUUGUAGUCCUACUUUACAUAUUAACAUUGUCCUUAGUAUUCCCAAAUUGAUUCUCAAUCUCAAUUAAUCAAACAGAGAGAAGAAGAAGAUGGAGAAGUGAGAACCCAGAGAAGAAAGAACAGAGAGAGAGAGAGAUGGUGAUGGAGAUAGUGGAACCAAACACAUGUGUAAGAGGAUGUUGUAAGAGUAAAACAAUACCAUUACAUCUUUUACCAUCAACAUACACUCUUCUAUCUCCAAUAGCUAAAGGUUCUGAAAGUGUUGUUUAUGAAGCAAUUCUUAAUGGGAAAAAAGUUGCUGUUAAAAAACCUAUUUUGGCUACUUCUGAUGAUCUUGAUAGAUUCCACAAAGAACUACAACUAUUAUGCAAAUUGGAUGAUUUGGGGAUAGCAACAUUAAUAGCUGCACAUGCGAAACCACCCAAUUAUAUGUUCUUUUUCCAAUUCUAUGAAUCUGGUGAUCUUUCUGGGAAAUUACAUGUUCAAGAAUGGAUUCCAAGUCUCAAAGAGAUGCUUCAUAUUAGUCUUAAGCUUGCAAAAUCUCUGCAAUAUCUCCAUAACCUCGGGAUUGUGCAUAGGGACGUGAAACCAGCAAAUGUUCUUGCGAGUUUCUCGCAGCUUGACAGGAAUCUUUGUCCACACCUGUCAGAUUUUGGGUUGGCAGUAUAUAAGAAAGAUCUUAAACAUGUUUCUGUUGAAAAUUGGAGAUCAUCCGGCAAACCAACAGGUGGUUUUCACAAAAAGAAUAUGGUUGGGACGCUGAUUUAUAUGGCACCUGAAAUAUUAAGGAAGGACAUACAAAGUGAAAAAUCAGAUGUGUAUAGUUUCGGAAUAACCAUCAAUGAGCUCUUUACUGGCGUCGUUCCUUACACCGAUCUUCGUGCAGAAGCCCAGGCACAUACUGUACUGGAAAUGAACUAUAGCGAACAGCAACUAACAGCAGCUGUAGUGUCUCAAGGACUACGACCAGUUCUCGCUGGUUCUGAAUCAGGUGCACCAGACAGUUUAGCCAAACUAAUCCAGAGGUGUUGGGAUGCAGAUCCUCUUAAUAGGCCUUCUUUUGAUGAUAUUAUUGCCGAAUUGGAUCCAAUCAUGAAACAUGUAUGUGAAGGACAAGAGGGAAAGGUCCUCCAAGAACCAUCUGGGUUACUGACUGAUCUUUCUUCAGAUGUCAUCAGUAACCUUCAAAGUUACCAAGAAGCUGUAAAUUGGUAUGUUCAAGGAGAGCAGUUGUCCAAAGAUGCUUCCUCUGCAACUGAUUCAAAUCCGAGGAUCUGGCAUGAUUCAUCAAAUGGUGCUGCUCCAUACAACCCGACAUUAUCUUCUGGAUCCUUUGCCACUUGUGGCAGAAGGGAAAGCAUGGAGGACACGCAUUUUUUGAUGCCAAGCAUGUGCAGGCAGAAGGAUGUUCAUCUGUUUGGGAUCUUUGAUGGUCACCGAGGAGCAGCAGCUGCUGAGUUCUCUGUUCGAGCAUUACCAAGGUUCUUGCAAACAUUAGGUUCUACACUGAGUCCUUCAGAUGCACUGACAGAAGCAUUCAUGAAGACAGAUAUUGCAUUCAGGGAUGAGUUAAUAGUCCAGCGCAAUGUUAAAGGAACUACAAAGAAAAAUUGGCAUCCUGGGUGUUGUGCAAAUGCUGCAUUAAUAGUUGAGAACAAGCUUUUUGUUGCUAAUGCUGGUGAUUGCAGGACAAUUUUAUGUCGUGCUGGCACUGCCUUCCCUCUCACUAAGGAUCAUACUGCAAGCUGUAUUGAGGAGAGGGAACGAGUCAUAAGAGCAGGUGGACAGGUCAAAUGGCAAGUGGACAAUUGGAGGGUCGGUACAGCUGCUCUCCAGGUUACACGGUCGAUAGGUGAUGAUGACCUGAAACCUGCAGUGACAGCGGAGCCUGAAAUUAGAGAAACUACUUUGACCUCUGAGGACGAGUACCUGGUGAUGGCCAGUGAUGGACUGUGGGAUGUAGUUAGCAGCGAGGAUGUCAUAUCCAUCAUAAGAGACACAGUUAAAGAACCAGGAAUGUGCUCGAAGAGAUUGGCAACAGAAGCUGCCGAGCGUGGAAGCAAAGAUAACAUCACUGUCAUUGUUGUUUUUCUUCGCCCUGUCUCCACAGCUGAGAGAAUUUACUAAAUGUUGACGCCGUUCUUCAUGUCUCAUACAGCUAAUGGGUAUACUAUACAGGAAGUAUUUAGAACCAGUUAUUCCUUCCAAUUUGAAGUGUAAAUUACAUACAUUAGAUAUUUAUCCCAUUUUACAAGUGUAAAUUACGUACAUCAGAUAUUUAUCUCAGAUAUUUAUCUCAUUUUACAAGUGUAAAUUCCAUCUUUAAAUAUAUUUAUCCCAGUUUGUGGUUGGAGCCCA